AUGGCUGUUGGUAAGAAUAAGAGACUUUCGAAGGGUAAGAAGGGACUUAAGAAGAAGGUUGUCGACCCAUUCACGAGAAAGGAAUGGUUUGACAUCAAGGCUCCAUCUACGUUCGAGAACAGGAACGUCGGUAAGACGCUGGUCAACAAGUCCACUGGUUUGAAGAACGCCGCGGAUGCCUUGAAGGGAAGAGUUGUUGAGGUCUGUUUGGCCGACUUGCAAGGGUCCGAGGACCACUCUUUCAGAAAGGUUAAAUUGAGAGUCGACGAAGUCCAAGGUAAGAACUUGCUGACUAACUUCCACGGUAUUGACUUCACCACUGACAAGUUGAGAUCCAUGGUUAGAAAGUGGCAAACUCUGAUCGAGGCUAACGUCACCGUUAAGACCUCCGACGAGUACGUCAUCAGAAUCUUCGCCAUUGCGUUCACGAGAAAACAGGCUAACCAAGUCAAGAGACACUCGUACGCUCAAUCUUCCCACAUCAGAGCCAUCAGAAAGGUCAUUUCCGAGAUAUUGACCAGAGAGGUGCAGAACUCCACUUUGGCCCAAUUGACCUCCAAGUUGAUCCCAGAAGUCAUCAACAAGGAGAUCGAAAACGCCACGAAGGACAUCUUCCCUCUACAGAACGUGCACAUCAGAAAGGUCAAGCUUCUGAAACAGCCAAAGUUCGACGUUGGUGCCUUGAUGGCUCUCCACGGUGAAGGUUCCGCAGAGGAAAAGGGUAAGAAAGUUGCCGGUUUCAACGAUGAAGUUCUAGAAGCUGUGUAA